AUGACUGGUAUCCACAUGAUCAUAGCCGCCAAAGCCGCGCAGCUUAGCGAAGAAAUCGACACACGCAAGAUUCAAAGACUCGUUGAUAAUGGCGGUUCUUCGGUCAUAAUACAUUUCUCAGAUGGUUCGGAGAAAGAAGAAGCAUUCUUGGUUCAUAACCCGAAGACUACAGUUCAAGGCUCGUUUAUUAAACAGCUGGGUCUGGAUCUUAGUCCUGCGGGAGAUUUUCUGGCGCCCCCACCAUUUCAUCAAACUAGUGUGAGGGGUGUCUUUGCGGCGGGAGAUUGUAUCACGCCAUAA